UUUGUCAUUGUAAUCUUAAUAAUGAUAGUAGUGUAGUAUGUAUCAUAAAUUCAUAAAUUAUGGUUACUGAGGAAAAUGAUGAAUUCACAUUAGUUAAAUACAAUUCACGUCGUCAGCGCAAAAAUAAAUUGAAAGUAAAUAAGAAAAAGUUGGAAGCUGUUGAAUGCAACUCAGUAUAUUCCGUGAAUGAAAUUGUAAAUAACGUGAAUAACGCAGUAAACAAAUUCGAGGAAUCACCAUUUCAUCAAACUUUAUUGAACGAAUUGAAAAACUCAUUGAGUCUUUUGAACCUAAACAGCAUUGAUUAUAUCAUUUGUUAUGGUCUUGGAAAUUUUUCAGAAAACAUUUGUCCAAAAUAUCAAUUAGCUGCAUUGUUAUCUAUCAAAACAGUUUAUUCUUGCAAUGUUCUGAUUUAUGAUCCUUUGUUCAGCAAAAAUGAAAUUGAUAGCUUAAAACAUUUGAACCUUAUAGUCAUUGAAAAUAAUGAAGAAGGAAAACAUAUUGUAGGUGAUCAUCCUGCACUAGUUUUCAUGCCUCAUUGUUCAAAGCAAUUAACAAACAAUUUUUUGUAUGCUAACUGGAGUCCUUUAAUACACAAUUGUAUUUUGUUAGGUAACAGUUGGUCUGAAAUUGAGUGCCAUACUACUGAUGCUUUGCUCAAGCAAACUGCAUACCAUAUUUAUAAAUUAAAAUCGUAUGUAACUGAAAUAAAAAUUAAGAACAAUUUUCAAUAUCCUAAAACAUUCAGUGGAACUUCAUUUCACGUAUUUACAGAAGAAAAAUUAAUUACUCUACCUACAGACUUUUGGAAUAAUAAACCAGAAUUAUUUUAUACCAAUAGUGAUCCAGAAUUUGUAACUGCUAAUAAGAAGCAUAAUUGAAAAUGAAUAAAAAUCUUUCAUUGCUUCGCCAAUUGGCAAAUGAGAUACGUAUAACAUCAUCACAUAAUAAAGCAAGGGAAAGUCUAAUGACGCAAUAUAUCUUAAAGCAAAAUCGAACUCAUCAAGAAACUUCUGAAAUGCUUUGUAAGGCC